AAGAUUCUUAACAGGCUCUUUCAUCAGCUUCACAUGGCUCUCAGAGUACACAGGAAUUGGAAGAGACUCUCCUGGUGGCUGGUCUUACUUGCACUUGGUCUCUUAGGCCUGCUCCACUACUGGUUCCCUGUAGCCAGGCAUCUGGAAGUCCUCAUUCCCAUGGGUGUCUGCCCUUUGUCCAGAAUGGCCCUUCUAAGAGACAAUUUCACGGGUUUCCUGCAUCCCUGGGCCAGGCCGAAUGUCCUGCCAUGUACCCCUUGGGGGGCACCCAUUAUUUGGGAUGGCAUUUUUGAUCCAGAUGUGGCCCAGAAAACAGCUACACAGCAGAACUUCACCAUCGGGCUGACUGUGUUUGCAGUAGGCAGGUACCUGGAAAAGUACCUGGCGCGCUUCCUGGAGACCGCCGAGCGGCACUUCAUGCCGGGCCAGCACGUGGUGUAUUACGUGUUCACCGAGCGCCCGGCCGCCGUGCCCCACGUGACGCUGGGCCCGGGACGCCGGCUGCGCGUGCAGCGCGUGGCGCGCGAGCGGCGCUGGCAGGACGUGUCGAUGGGGCGCAUGCGCACGCUACACGGGGCACUCGGCGGCCGCUUGGGCCGCGAGGCGCGGUUCGUGCUCUGCAUGGACGUGGACCAGCACUUCAGCGACGCCUUCGGGCCCGAGGUGCUGGCCGAGUCGGGGGCGCAGCUGCACGCCUGUCACUAUCACUGGCCGCGGUGGCUGCUGCCAUUCGAGCGUGACCCGCGCUCGGCCGCCGCAAUGGCGUCGGACGAGGGCGACUUCUACUACCACGCGGCCCUGUUCGGCGGCAGCGUGGCGGCGCUGCGGCGGCUGACGGCGCACUGCGCGUGGGGGCUGCGGCGGGACCGCGCGCGCGGAGUCGAGGCGCGCUGGCACGACGAGAGCCACCUCAACAAGUUCUUCUGGCUGCACAAGCCCGCCAAGGUGCUGUCGCCCGAGUUCUGCUGGAACCCCAGGGUCGGCAGGCGGGCCGAGAUCCGCCACCCGCGCCUGCUCUGGGCGCCCAAGGAGUACAGCCUGCUGCGCGACUAGCCCGCACGGCCGGCGGCCGCAGGGCACCUCGGGGGCAGCACCAGGUCCUCCUGCAUGUGCCCACGAAGCGAGUCCGGCCUCGGGGAGCUUUUCGCAUGAAAACAAGGAUCCCGGGAGUCAGGCGGUAGCGCAGCGGGUUAA